GUCACUUCGUCGUUCGACGUCACUCAAAGCGUCCACUGUCAGCAUGAUGAAUGAAAUCUUUGGACCUGGAUUUGAAAAUGCAGCUAUUUUAUCAGCUAGGCCUGAUUUAGUUGCAGAUAUGCCGAAACACGCGACAAAUGGACCUCCACCAUCGUUAAUGAAACCGGAGACGUUUUACAGUGGUAUGGGGGUUCAUGUAAGUGCGCCAAAUUCGUCGUCAGAUAUUUCGGCGAUUCCUACAUCCAGAUCCCAGCACCAAAUGCACUCUUUCCCGACGCACUAUAUGAAUUCUGCGGCAAUUCCCGACCAAGCUAUGCUGGAUCAACUUGGCUCGGCUACUUCGCUAUCGACUCACCACAUUUCUGACCACAUGCAACAUCAGAUGAUGUACUCGCAGGCAUAUAGCCAACCACCUCAUGGUGUUAAUCAUCAUCCCCCUUUCGCUGCGGCACCAUCACAUCAUUCGAUGCAACAUUCUGCCGUCCAGGAGAUGGAUUGUGACCCACGAGAGCUAGAAGCUUUCGCAGAGAGAUUUAAACAGAGAAGGAUCAAGUUGGGCGUUACGCAAGCUGAUGUCGGUAAAGCUUUGGGUAAUUUGAAAUUACCUGGUGUGGGUUCGCUCAGCCAAAGCACGAUUUGCAGGUUCGAAUCGUUAACGCUGAGUCAUAAUAAUAUGAUUGCUUUAAAACCUGUUCUUGCCGCCUGGCUGGACGAGGCGGAAAGACAGGCAAGAGAUAAUAACGUGACAAGAGAGAUCUUCCAUUCGGCAGCAGAUAGAAAGAGAAAGAGAACAUCAAUAGCUGCACCAGAGAAGAGAUCGCUGGAGGCCUACUUUGCUGUGCAACCAAGACCAUCCGGCGAAAAGAUCGCUCAAAUAGCUGACAAGUUAAGUCUGAAGAAGAGCGUUGUAAGAGUUUGGUUCUGUAAUCAAAGGCAGAAGCAAAAGAGAAUGAAAUUUGCCGCUUUUGGUCAUAUUUCAAGUCGUUAA